CACUGCAGAGGCAUUUGUGGAACGGGAAUAACCGCCAUCUUAAGCGAAUUCGCUGAUAGUGUCACCAGAAGGAGACUGAAAUUAUCGUCAUUCUAAGUACGUUGCAAAUUUAGUUGUCAAUACCAGGGGCAAUCUCACUUCACGCCUAGACCCUAUCUCGCCGUGAGAACCAUCUUUAUUCCUUCAGUCAACGCAGUCUUCGUGGGCCUACGAAGUGCUAGUCUUCUCUAGUUGUUGAAGUCUGUAUGAGACGUAAAGUCAUCCGAUAAUAGUACAAUGUCCAAGUUUUCUCUCAAAGGCCGUGUUGCCGUAGUCACUGGCGGAGGCCGAGGUUGUGGCUUGGCAUUCGCACAAGGUCUCGCCGAGGCUGGGGCAGACGUUGCAAUUUUUGACCUGAUAGACCCGGAGCCAUCUGCAUUCGAGGAGCUAUCUUCUGCAAACGGAGUGAAAGCGAGAGCAUAUGUCGUUGACGUAACGUCUCUCCCCAGCUUGGAGAAGGCGUUUGCUGCCGUGGCAGCUGACUUUGAUGGCAAACUUGACAUCUUUGUGGCUUGCGCUGGUGUGAACAAGAACGUUGAGUUCCUCGACACCGAAGAGGCAGACUUUGACAGGCUCUACGGCGUCAAUUGCAAGGGCCUCUACUUCUCGGCCAAGAUGGCUGCAAAAGCCAUGAUCGCCAAUGGCACCAAAUGCGGAAGCAUCAUUUUCGUCGCGAGUAUCGCAUCGUACAUUGCCAUUCGCUCCCAACGAUCUACGGCGUAUUGCGGUACAAAGGGCGCCGUUCGAGCAAUGGUCGCUCCGAUAGCUGCCGAACUCAACAAGUAUGGAAUCCGGGUCAACUCCAUCUCGCCUGGCUAUGUGCGGACGGAAAUGACGGCUCCCUUCCCUGAUCUUCUCGAGGGGUGGAAGGAUGAGAUCAUGAACGGCAGAGUAGCAGAGCCUGACGAUAUCAAGGGAGCCUGUGUUUUCUUGGCGAGUGAUGCCAGCAAAUACUGCCAGGGGAGCGAUAUCUUGGUUGAUGGCGGUGUGACCAAAUGGUAGCUUGAUUUUGCUUCGCAUAAUAUGAACAUGGAGACUAAUUCCUCAUUCUGUGUUUUCAAAUGAUGUACUUGGACAGCGUAGCCUAUAGGCGGCAAGUGGUCUUUCCAUUCUGACUGCGGCCUCCUGAUAUAUGCUUGCACACAAAAAUGCGUGAUUGUAAGGUAUCGGAAUUACUGAUAAUGCCAGGUUGAGGGCGGAUGUAGUGUGUGAAUAUUUAUUGCCUCU